AAACAAAUUAGGAAUUUCCAUAUUUAUCAAACAUAAUAUUCAGACUAAUCAGUAAUCUCUCUCCCACACAAACACACAGAUUCUACUCUAUCUUAAAAAAGUCCUUGAGAGAUAAGACUCCGCUAAAUCCAAGUGUCAUUUUACUACUACUACUACAGUAAUAAUGUUUUCUCUCUCUUCCACCCUGUCCUUUCUUUAAACGCGUUCACGCGUUAUUACUUGUCUCUUCAAAGGGAAAUCACCACUAUAUAUAACAACCCUCCCUUUUCUUCCAUUAGCAGGUGCAACCAAAUUUCAAUUGCAUCUGUGUAAUACUACUAAUUAGUAAUAGUAAUUCCUCCCUUUUCUUUCUUUCUUUCCUUUUUCUUUCCUCUCACCAAUCAAAAACAUUUUCCCCCCCGAAAAUCAAGAAAGAAUUAAAAUGCCUCCAUCAUUAGAAGACGAACUUUUCCCAUCAACACCAGGAAAAUUCAAGAUCGAAAGAAAUCACGGCCUAAUGAACCACCGACAAGUCUACCGUUGUUUCGCUUCCACAAGCACUAUGUUCUUGUGGGCCCUUUUUCUUAUCGCUUUAACCGCUUCUUAUCUCAGUUUUCAAAGCUUCGUUGAUUCCGGUAGAAACUAUCUCUCCGUUUCAUGGGGUGGAAUCCAGUGGGAGAAACAAGUUCGUACAUCCGCACAAAUCCACCGAACAGGUGGCAUGUCAGUACUCGUCACCGGUGCAGCAGGUUUCGUUGGAUCACACGUCUCACUCGCUUUAAAAAGAAGAGGAGACGGUGUCGUUGGACUCGAUAACUUCAACGAUUACUACGAUCCUUCUCUUAAGAAAGCUCGUAAAUCUCUUCUAACCAGUCACGGUGUUUUCAUCGUUCAAGGUGAUAUCAACGAUGCCAAACUAUUAGCUAAGCUUUUCGAUGUUGUGGCUUUUACACACGUCAUGCAUCUCGCGGCUCAAGCCGGUGUUCGUUACGCUAUGGAGAAUCCUCACUCUUAUGUUCACAGUAACAUAGCCGGCUUAGUCACGCUUCUUGAGGCUUGUAAAUCGGCUAAUCCUCAACCGUCGAUUGUUUGGGCUUCUUCCAGUUCUGUUUACGGUUUAAACGAGAAAGUUCCGUUUUCUGAAUCGGAUCAGACCGAUCAACCGGCAAGUCUUUACGCCGCAACGAAAAAAGCCGGUGAAGAAAUUACUCAUACUUAUAAUCAUAUCUAUGGUCUUUCGAUUACUGGAUUGAGGUUUUUCACUGUUUAUGGACCUUGGGGAAGACCUGACAUGGCGUAUUUCUCGUUUACUCGAAAUAUUCUACAGGGGAAACCGAUUACGGUUUAUCGGGGCAAGAAUCGGGUCGAUCUGGCGCGUGAUUUUACCUACAUUGAUGAUAUUGUGAAAGGAUGUGUUGGAUCGUUGGAUACUUCAGGGAAAAGUACUGGAUCGGGUGGUAAGAAACGGGGACCCGCUCCGUAUCGGAUCUUUAACCUUGGAAAUACUUCGCCGGUGACGGUUCCGACGUUGGUGAGUAUAUUGGAGCGUCAUUUGAAGAUGAAAGCGAAGAGGAAUAUAGUGGAUAUGCCUGGAAACGGUGAUGUUCCGUUUACACAUGCGAAUAUCAGUUCGGCCCGAAGAGAACUCGGGUAUAAACCCACAACCGAUUUACAAACCGGGUUGAAGAAAUUCGUGAAAUGGUAUCUUUCUUAUUAUGGAUAUGGCAAAACUGUAAAUUAAUUGAUUUUUUUUUUCCUUUUUAGUCUGUUAGAAUUUUUAAUUACAGCUACGGAGGUAAAAAUACUAAACGGGAAAAAAGAAAAGAAAGAAACCCGGUGAUGAAGGAAAAGAAAAGGAAAAAGGAAAGAAUAUAUUCUUUAUUCUUUACUUGCUAAGAGGUUACAGCUAUUAAAUCAUUACAGCUGUACCUUGGUUGAUUUCUUUUCCUUUUUUUAUUUUAGUGAUUUGUUAUUUUACAUAUUUUUUCUCUUCUGUAAAGAAAGUUCAUGACUUUGAAGUUCAUUUUGUCUCCUCUAAUGGUAUUUAUUUUUCAAACUAAUCAUAUUUAACUGUUGAUUGCAAA